AUGUUUGCUGCUGCAACCAAAAACUUCGUUAAACAGGUUGGUGAUGGAGGAAGAUUAGUUCCAGUGCCCAGCCUCAGUGAAGCUGACAGAUACCAACCUCUGAGCCUUGUGAUUAAAAAAAGAAAAUGUGCUCUUUCAAAAAAAUCUAAAUUUGCUUCAACACCUUUCACAUUAAAAGACAUUCUUCAAGGGGAGAAAGAAAUUUCUGCAGGUGUCUUGUCUUACCAGUUGCUCAACUAUGAAGACAAAUCAGAUGUUUCGCUUAAUGGCAGAAGAGGAAAUCAGAUAAUGAAUGAUGUUGGUUUUGAUGUUGCUGGAUCAGAUUCUGUUGCCUUUAAAGCUUCCUUUGGCAUAGUGACCAAACACGAAGUUGAAGUACCAACUUUACUUAAAGAACUUACUACAAGAAAAAUAAACUUUGAUCAUUGUCUAGUCCAUCAAUCAAGAAAAAGUAGGAUGGAAAUUUUGUGUGUGGUCAUGGAAAGUAUUCGAACUACAAGGCAGUGCUCAUUAACUGUCCAUACUGGAAUGCGUGGAGAGACAAUGAGGUUUCACAUAAUUGAAGAUCAGAAUUAUAAAGGGCGGGACAAAGCCAUUGUUUUUCCUGCACAUACAACUAUUGCUUUUAGUGUAUUUGAACUCUACAUUCAUUUGGAUGGUAAUUUCGAACUUUGUGUGACUCCAAUUGCAAAAGGAGGAUUUGAAAGAGAGAAAUCUGGAUCAUCUUCACUGACCAAAUUCAGGAGAUUAAAGAAUAAUUUGUUUCAUCGAAAUAAAGGAGUAGUGGAAAUUGUUGCUAACUCUGAUCCUUACUUGGAGGACCUUUUUGCAGAUUAUUAUGAGAAAGCUGCAAGCAUGACUGAUCUCUCUACAAGCUAUCUCAGAGACGGUUCUCAUAUCCGAAUUAAUUUACUUAAUAACAACAUCCCCAAAGGCCCCUGUGUCCUUUGUGGAAUGGGAAGUUCAAAAAGGGAGACAGUCUAUGGAUGCCUGGAGUGCUCUUUUAAUGGACAGAAGUACGUACGACUGCAUGCCGUGCCCUGUUUUGACCUCUGGCAUAAGAGAAUGAAGUAACUGAUCUGGGUAAGUGCCUGUUAUCACAGACAUGGGCAUAACUGUGCCACAAACUUUUCAGAGUUAGUAAAUAUGUCUCCAAUUGUGAAA